AUGUCGCGGCUGACGACAGCGCAAGUGAUUGCGCAGGGGCACUACCUCGACCCCGACUUCAACCCCGCCUCGCUCACCGUCUCCCAGCUGCUCGGCGUCUUUGGUUACCACAACAUCCAGUACCCGACCCCCUACAACAAGCCCACGCUCGUCAAGCUUUUCAAUGACGAGAUCAAGGCGAAGGCGAAGAAGUUUAAGAGGGAGCGCGUGAAGAAAGAUAACUCGUUUGCGAGCGAUGAUGGGAUUACGGACGGCGUGACGGGCCAGCCGUUGAAUGGGGGACGCGCUGCUCCCCAGCCGCGUAGAUCAUCCCGCCGUCUUUCCCGCCAGCCCUCGGAAGAGUCUGAGCAACUUGUCGCGCUCCCGGAUCCACCGAAGCGCCGUCGAUCAGCACAACCUGCAGCCGCACCCUCGAAGCGCGCUGCCCCACAACCUAUCCUCAUAGAAGAAAGCGAGCCCGAGGACGAAGUCGAAGAAGCCCCGCCGCGCAAGAUUGGUAGGCGCAAGAAGAACGCCGACGGCACCAAACGCUCCACUCGCCGUGUCUCGACGAACGAUGAUAGUGGCUGGGAAGACAACAAUAUCUUCCAGUCGGGUGCAGAGUCGUCUUCCCCUGCUCGCCCAUCCCCUCCGCGGCCUAAGGCGCGCAAGAGCUCUACCUCGCGCAAGUCCAGGCUGUCCGCGUCAGCACAACCCGAAUCACCUCCGCGUCCCCCUCCGAAGAUGCUUUCUCCUUCGCCUGUCCGCGUCCCGCCGUCUCCCCCAUCGCCCAUUCCUAUGCGCGCGCCUUCAGGGCCCUUCACUUUCGCGUCUUCAUCGCCGGGCCCUUCAGCUCCUGCGCACAGCGGUGAUGAUGGUGACAAUGAAUGGGAAGAAGGUCCGACGGGCGUCAGCGAGAUACCAGAGCUGGCUCUUAUCCCGGAGGAUGGUGACGACGAGUCGGAGUACGAGCAAGGCGAAGAGUACGAGGAUGUCGAGGUACCGAUCAAGGGCGAAGAAGAUGACGACAAUGACAAAGUCAACGCCGUCGCUCAACGCAUCUCCGAGGGACCGCGCCGCAAGCUCUCACCUCCGAAGCUGCAAGCUGAAGAAGUCGCGCCGCCAUCGCCUAUCCGCCGUCUGUUCCUCACCGUCAUCCUCCUCGCCUUGGGCUACUUCACUUGGUCGUACAAGCAAGAGAGUGCGAAGAUUGGCUUCUGCACGUUCGAGCACAACGGCGAGCCGAUGAACGAGUUUCUCCUCGAGCUGAGGCAACACCGUGCGGAGAUCGAGGAGCAGUGCCAUAUCGAGCAACAGAAGCACCUGGAGCAGAUGAAUGGCACAGCAGACGCGAACAGUACACCGUUCUUCGGGAACAGCACUGUAUGCGCGCAGGCGGCGCUUCUGCCUGUACCCGACGCUUGCACGCCCUGCCCGGCGCACGCAAACUGCACUCGCACCACUCUCGACUGCAACCUCAAAUACGAACUGAAGCCGAACAGACUUCUCUUCUUCGCCCCGCCUCACAAUCGCGUUAACCUUGAAGGAGGGUGGCUAGAUAUCUGGCGACUCUUGGACGGCUUCCCCGGACUUGGACCUGUCGCGUUCCCUCCUCGUUGCGUCGACGACGGCAAGUGGACAGAAGGGACAUUGCGUACCGCGAAACGGUUGUCGGCCUUGCUCCGUGGGCUGCGUUCGAAGCGGCUUUGUUCAGGGCAAUUCGAGCGUUACAGCGUUGAGGAUGGCGGUGAGGCUCGCCAAUGGGGUCUCACUCGCGACGAGAUCUACAAUAUAUUCGACAAGAUGACGGGUAACAAACCGAACAAGGAUGAUGUCGAGUACGCAUUCAAUGAUGCCCUUCGACAGCUGUCGAAGUUGGAGUUGAUCUUUGAAGGCAGGGAUACCAGUGGUCAGCGAUACUACGCUCAUAAGGAAGUACAGCUAGGCUGGAAAUGUUGGGCGAAGGUCAACAUACGGGAGACUUGGGCUUACUAUCGCCUUUACGUCUUCGGGAUCGUUGCUUCAACCCUCUUCGCCUGGUACAAGCUGUACUCGUUGCGGGCACAGAAGAUCGACACAGAGCGCGCGCGCGACCUUGCUAUGGAGGUUCUGGAGACCCUUCAAAACCAAGUGAUAACGCACUACUCGGAUCCCGUGCGCGCGCCGGAGCCUUACGUAGGGAGCGCACGCAUGCGCGAUCUGCUCUUGCAGAGGGAGUGGAACAACUCCUAUCGCAAUAAGAUCUGGAGGCGCGUGGAGAAGCUCGUAGAGGGGAACGAGAAUGUGCGGGCGAACCUGGCGGAGGAGGGCGGCGGAGACGAGAUGCGCGUCUGGCAGUGGGUUGGGAGCGUGGGCAUGACGCCGAUGCGCCCGAGGAGGAACAGCAACCCCUUUGCCCCCGACUACGACGAAGGCGAGGACCUCGUCGCCCAAUAG